AUGAGGUGUAAGAAACACAACACCGAUCUCAACAGCAUCAACGACGUCUGCGCUUCUUGUCUCUGUGAACGCCUAUUCAAAUUAAUCCUCACUCGGAAACAAACCGAAGCCCAGGACCAAUCACAGAACAACCGUAAUUCAAACACAAAUUCACCGUUACCUCGUUCUGUUUCUCCGUACAUCCACUGGAAACCCGUACAGCAACAUAAUUCUAUUACAACUGUCCAACAACCUUCUAACAAACCUCACCUGAACCACAGCCGCUCAGAUAAAGGGUUCUACAACUCACCGCGGAUAGCAGUUACUUCCGGCGGUUGCAUCGGCAGUGCUACUUCUACUUCAUCGAACAAUAAGAAGAAGAAGAGAUUAAUUAGGUUUUCAUCGCUUUCAAACAUCUUCAGAUCUAAAGGACAUGACGGAGACUCCGAUUCGAUUCACGGAGCUUUCGUUUCCACUUCCGGCGAGCCGAGCGGCGCUGCUGGUAAGCCGACGUCAGUGACAUCAUCUCCGUUGUGGUUCUCGAACGUUCGUCCAGUAUCCGAUCGUCGUCAGAAGAAAUUAUCUGCAAUUUGGGAGAAUAUGUGUUUGUGUUGA